GGCUGGACUGGAUGGGACCGGCCAUCAGGUUGCGGGCGGGAUCACAGACUGGCGAGCGUAGACUCUGGGAUUGAGAGGACCGCCCCAUCGAGCAGUGACUCCAUACCAAGAAGGAUGAGCAGUGGCCACUGGAGAGCAUCAAAUGGAGGACACCAGCCCCGAAGCAGGGGCCGAGAAGGCUGCUAAAGAGCCCAAGGAUGCUAAAGAGCCCAAGGCUGCUAAAGAGCCCAAGGAUGCUAAAGAGCCCAAGGAUGCUGCUGCUGCUGCCACCACCAAGAGCUUCCCUGAUCCCUUUUCCAGAGAUGAUGAUCAAAUGGAUUUUGAAGGGGUCAUCUUUUCUUCCUCACCAAUUUUAGACCUGAGUCAAAGAGGCCUGCGCCAUUUGGGAAAGUUCUUUAAAAUUCCCAACCUUCAACAAUUACACCUGCAGAGGAAUUUGCUCAGCGAGAUUCCAAAGGAUUUCUUCCAGCUGCUGCCCAACCUGACAUGGCUGGACCUCCGUUUCAACAAGAUCAAGGUUCUUCCAUCUGGGAUUGGCUCUCACAAACAUUUGAAAACUUUGCUCUUAGAAAGAAAUCCUAUCAAAAUGUUACCCGUUGAGCUAGGGCAGGUCACUACACUGACGGCAUUGAACCUGAGACACUGCCCUCUGGAAUUCCCUCCUUACCUGAUUGUGCAGAAAGGCUUGGUAUCCAUCCUCACCUUCCUACGCAUCUGCUCCGUGGAGAAUGCCUUCCCUGGAGAUGAGUCGCUUCCAGAGGUCUCAGCACCUAAGAUGGGCAGCAACGACCUUCCGUACCCUGUGCUCCCUCUGCCCCAUAAAAGCUCGCCCAUUGAUGGUCCAGAUCAGGAGGCAGCUGUGGUAAAUGAGAAGACUGACUUCUUCCCACCCAUGGACAGGCUAUACCUGAGUGAGUUCCGCAGAUCCAGUGCCUCCUCUGAGAUCUGGCCCAGUAAGGAGGAGAUAAGGCGCUUCUGGAAGCUGAGGCAGGAGAUUGUAGAGAAUGAGCAGGUGGAGAUUCAAGAGAAGAAGCUCUUGGCUUUUGAACUGCCACCAAAUCUCAAGGCGGCACUAAAUGCCAAGGAGAGAAAGCGCAGGAAGCCAUGGCCCACAGUCAGAAAGAGGUCUACCUCCUUCAAAGGCAUCUUGCCCACCCUCUCUUCAACGUACCAAAACACAGUUCAUACAAAAAGGAUGGAAGUCACUCACAAGGAGGAGACAAUGCUGGAGCAGCGGAGGAGAGACAAGAGAGCUCUGCAGGAGUGGAGAGAGCAGACCCAGCUGAUGAGGCACAGGAGGGAGCUCAGUAAAUUCCAACCUCCACAUAGGAACAUGAUGGCAUCGAAGAUUCCCUUUGCCACAGAUCUGACAGACUAUGGGAAAAUGCCAGUGAGUCCAUUUGGGAAAGUGAAGCCCGGUGGAGAGGGGACAGCACAAAGAACUAUAGAGAUAAGUGCCUCACCAUUAGCAGAGCUGGAGGACAAGAUAAGGCGGCACACACAGCAGAUCCGUGCUCGCAGUUUCCUGGGUACAAACCCAAUGCAAGACAUUAAGACAGCCAACCAGGACCUGGAAACUACUAAGAAACUUCAGGAGGAGUUAAAGAAACUGAAACUGGAGAUGACCUUGAACAAAGACCAUCCAUUUCCAUCUUUCACUGGAAACCUUUCACUUCACCCACCAGCAUCACAGCCUCAAAAUAUAUUUUUUAACACAAAAUACUAGGAAAGUGGUGUUGUCAGCAGGGAUGACAAGAACCUCCCACAGCGAGGAGCUGCUGUCCCCUAUGUGGUUGUGGGGACUGGCCCUGGGCGACUGGUGGGUCUUCAGCUGCUCCCCAGGCUGCGGCUUUUAAUAGACCUGUCUCCUUUCUGAGGCUAUAGAAGGUUUAGCUGCAUUAAAAGGAAGAAUGCUGUAAGCAAGCCAAA